AAUGUCCACUAAUUUCGGUGUGGACAAAGGAAAGGAUUCAAGUGAGAUAUAAGUUUGAAAAAGAUCAUGGAUUUGGAUAUGGAAAACUCUUGGAAAGAAUGGAAUCAAUUGUGAAGGCACCAAAAGGAAAAAAGAAACAACCAAAACAAAAGGAAAAAGAGAAGAGAAUGGAAAAAUCAUCAAUAGGUUCUAGUUCUACAACUUCUCGAAAUGACAUGAUGGGCUUUUUGAGCAAAUUUGGAGAUUUGGCAAAAACACUUGCCUCGAAUGUUAAAGAGAUGUAUGGCAUGUUAGAACAAGCAAAAGAUCUUUUUGUUGAGGAAGAAACAACAGGAAAAAUGCAACAUCUCAUAGACAACAUAUGGUGCAAGUACACAACAAAGACAUUCGUGAACCAAGAAGAAAAAAAAGCCCUUCUAUACUCAGCCAAGAUCAACAUGUCUUCGAUGAACCGGCAUUUAUUGAAGAAUUGGAUAUGGUUAUGGAUAAGGCAUGGAAGAAAUUCGAGGAAACAAGGUCACCAAAGUCACCGACAGUUGGUAAUUUCACAUGUACAUGCUUAAUUUCCAAAUUAUACUUAUGUUCUAUAUUAGAUGCUUAUGUUUUAAAGUACUUUUUUAUGUUCUAAAACAUGCGCUUAAAUCACAUGCUUAUGUUCUAAAUUAUAUGAUUAUGUUCUAAAUU